ACGGGGGAGGUACAACUUUACACAUUAGCGAGACUACAGACUUGAUAUAAAACGCAACAUUUUUUACCAAUCUAUUGCUUGUCAAGACAUGGCGAGAGUUAGUAGUGUUGUAGUGGGUUUAAUUCUGGCUUCAACACUACGGAUUAGCGUAAGUCAAAGUGAUCCACAGGCUGAGAUUAAAAGGUUGAAAAAUGUCAUUUCUGCUCUAGGAAGACAGGUCAUGUUGCAGCAGUUUGCCCAAGAGGAGAAGCUAAGGUCCGACGGCUGGUCUGGCCUAAAACAGAUUCGAGUGGACAACGACGGCCCACGAAACUAUCACACCAACUCUCACAGCGGCGGCUCUAUGGGGGCCAUACACGACCAUUCAAACAAUCAGAUCACAGUGGGUCAAGGGGAAGGACAGUUUGUCCUGAACGGAGUAGAGUUUCGAACCAGGCACAACGACUACCAACUGAGAAUGCCCAGCCCCAAAUCCUCCGCGUAUCACGUGAUGAGUGAGAUCCCCUUCCCUCCCGUACCGCGUCAGGUGUUGGAUAAGCCCAGUGUACAAGAGCAGAUCGUAGAGAUGAGAGAGUGGUUCAAAGCUUGGAGGGACCAGAACUCUUCGGUUAGAGAUUACAGGCCCUACUUCAAGCCACUUCUGUGUUACCUGGAAGGGGCCUGGACCACAAACACUAAAGAGUUAGAGGAACCUUUCUUUAGUGACCGCCACUCACUGGACGCUACCAGUUGGUUUGACCUGCAGGAAAGGGUCCGAUACUCCGCCUACACUGGCAGGAAAAGUCUGGACGAGAAUUUCGCUUAUCUCCCCACGGCUAUAAUCAACAUCACCGACAGCGGGGUGCCAGUGUACGCCCAGUGGAACUACAGGAUGCUGUGCCACCCUCUGUACAAAGACCUGCCUACGUCCUACCUCAAACCUGUCGACGACCUCAGCGUGCGCCUUCCAAGAGGUCAGACCUUGGAGCAGUAUUUGACUACAAGAGGUGCCAGAUUUUCCGUUGUCGGACCAAACGACAAGCCCAACUGGCAAUACCUAGACGACAUGAUGGGCGAGGUGCCAGGGAAGGACAACUAUGGUGCUAACAUUACUGAUUCCACCUUCGGGAUGAAGCUCUUGCACCCGGCUCCAGGAAACGACAGCAGAUUUAACGUCGGCUUCUACCACCGUCGCUACAGGGUCGAGAAAGCAGACGCCAUGGGGCUCUCUUACGGCAGACGAGGCUACAGCGAUCCAAACAUCUUCAUGGCCGAAACGACGCAAGAGAAGAUCGCGGAAUUCUAUAUUAAACAGUGUAGCGCGACAAAAGUGUGCUACGAGUCUAAGAAGAGAAUGUCGUAUUCCAUCCCGCUGGAGAUUAUUUAUUUAACUCCCUUGAGUACUUGGAACCCGUAUGACAUCCCGUUCUAUUCUAAUAAAGACAAGAAUAUUGUUCUCAGCAAUGGCAAACGAAACGGUGGUCUCAAUAUCAACAACGCGUUCAAUGGCUCUCUCUACAACCAAUUCUACAGAACACCAAUACAAUUUUUCUCAGGGGGCGAAGUUGGUUCCACAGCAGCAGACACAGUGAAAGGUUCUGUUGGGGUCUUGGAUAAGAACAACACCAUCAGGAGCAUGUCGGCUUCAGGCGUGAGAAUCUUUUUGCCGAAUAUUCCCGGAGUAGGAGUUCUGAGGACCAGAUAUCCUAUAACCCCGGUUCACGCUGAGGGUAGCUCCGUCUGGAAAGAGUUAAACGCUCUUAAAGAUAUUGUCUUAAAGCUUGCUUCUUACGAGAGGCUCUUAACGGAAAAGAUUCCUAGAACGCCAGAGGUGAAACCGAUAGCCUCUUCACCUACUCCUCAGAGGACUACCCCAAAACUAGUGACGUCCACUUCGACAGCACUUCCAAAAACAUCUACCACUUUGACUCCCAAAUAUCCCAUCCAGCAGCAGCUGACCCUGAUGACCACUACCAUCUUCCAGAACCCUCCAGGCGAACACUAUCACACGAUAGAGAUGACCAAGGACGAGCAGGAACGUCUUCAGAAGGGCGAGGUCGUCGACCUCAUCACCAGCCAAGACAACGCCCACUCCCACGCGGUCAAGGUUCAGUUCUACAACGGCAGGUAUCACGUGACUAAAUGUGACUCCAAGGCGAUUCCUUGUUGGGAUGGACACACUUCGUGUCUAAUGAAAGAGGGGGAGCGUGGCUGUCCUAUAGACAAUGGACUACCGUAGAUUGGUCACUACCAUAGACAGGUCACUUAACUACCAUAGACUGUUUAUUUUUAUAAAUGUAUUUUUCUUAAUUUUGCAUUUUCAAUUUCAUCUUGCAGUCUACUUGCAUUCGUAUCUUCUGAGUUAAAAAAAUGUAUUCAUGAAAUUUGACAUGACACAGUAACUUAUUCAUUUAUAGUAAUUCAUAUUAUUAUUUAGGAGGCUUGGUGGCUGAGCGGUAAAGCGCUUGGCUUCCAUAUCAAGUGUUCUGGGUUCGAAUCCUGGUGAAGGCUGGAAUUUUAAAUUUCGGGAUGUUUUGAGUCCUCUGAGCCCACGUUUUGCUGGCCACAUGACACUUUCGUUAACUCUGAGCCACAGAAACAGAUUACCUUGGCAUCGUCUGCCCCAUAGAUUGCAUGGUCUGACAGGGGAACUUUACUUUAAUAUUGUUAUUAGUAUUAUAAUUUCAAUAGUUAUAUUCAUUGCUAUUCAUAUCGGCAUAUGAUCCUGUUUACAUUGUCGUUUAAAUUAUUUAUUCCUAUCUUAUUUAUAUAUGUAUUGUGGUGGCCUAGUGGUAAGGCACUUGGCCUCCGAACCAAGGGAUCCCGGGUUCAAUUCUAGUAUUUAUUAAAUUCGGGAUUUUAAAGGAGCCCCUGAGUCUACCCAAUUUUUAAUGGUUACCUGACAUUAGUUGGUGAUAGUAUAAUGGUUGGUCGAUGGCCACAUGACACCCUCGUUAACCGUCGGCCACAGUUGACCUUUACAUCAUCUGCCCCAUAGUUCGCAAGGUCUGAAAAGGGAAACUUUUCUUUUUUAUCGUCAUUCAUUCGGUUAUUUAUUUGCAUGGUUUUUAUAUUAUCAUUCAAAAUGCCAUUAAUAUUGCCGUACUUCAACAUUCAUAUUGCUGUUUAUACUUCAUAGUGUUGUCGAUGUACUCAAUACUUCUUAACGAAAAUUGAAUAAAACCUAUCAACGUAUAUUCAUUUCAAAUAGUGUGCAAUGCUACUCUGUCCUUUGGAAACAGAAGGCGCACGAUUUAAUUUGAUAACCCGGUAAUGAUUAUGCAUUUCGAUUAUUAUGUAAAUAUGCACAUGUCUACUACUUUUUUUUCCCUCGUUACGCGAUAAACGUAUUUAUGUAAUGUAAUUACCAGAUGUUUGUGUACGUCAUGUAAUGAAGACUACUUCCUGUGAGGUAACAGUGCAUUGUUUACUUUAAUAUUGUAUGCGAGUGUGUGUGUAUUUGGUACACAGAUAAGAGAAACAAGUAAAACGAAUGUAUAUCGUCAGUUUAGAGCAGCGGUUCUCAACCUUUUAAGUUCGGCGACCCCUUUUUACAAUCCCCCACUCUGCCGCGACACUCCCCCACACACAAACACACACAUACAGCAAUAGAAGAAUACAUAAUAACAAUCCAUAGUUUCGAUGGUCCCCAGGCAAAUGGUCAAUUGACCCCCCAAGGGGGUCGCGACCCACAGGUUGAGAACCCCUGGUUUAGAGUUUCUCUUUCGCUAACUCUACAUGUACUAAAAUUGUACAUAUUGUGUAUGCAGCGUAAGAGCGCGGUGGCUGAGUUGUUAAGCGCUAGGUUUCCGAAAUGGGGGUAUAUUAUUUUAACUUUCGUGUUUCUGUUUGUAUUGUUAUUACAGCGCCUUGAGCCUACAUUUUGUUUGUUAACAGCGCUUUAUAAAUAAAAUUAUUAUUAUUAUUAUG